GUGGUUUGCAAUCUUGGUGCUGUUGCCCUUUUCAAUCUACCCCUCAAUCAUCCCUCAUCUGCUUUUGCAGCCAGAAGCAUCUAUUCUAUUCUAGGGCAUACAUCGACUUUAAUAGACCAGAGGAUGUUGUCGAGUUUGCGGAGUAUUUUGAUGGACACAUCUUCGUCAAUGAGAAAGGUACCCAAUUUAAAACAAUUGUUGAGUAUGCUCCUUCACAGCGUGUUCCAAAGCAGUGGUCUAAAAAGGAUGGGCGCGAAGGGACCAUAUUGAAAGAUCCUGAAUAUCAGGAGUUCCUUGAAUUUAUUGCAAAGCCUGUAGAGAAUCUUCCAAGUGCAGAGAUACAGUUGGAGAGGAAGGAGUCGGAACGAGCUGGUGCUCCAAAAGAUGCUCCUAUAGUUACUCCUUUAAUGGACUUUGUUCGUCAGAGAAGAGCUGCAAAGAGUGGAACUCGGAGAUCUGCAUUGAAUGGGAAGCCGCCCAAAAGGGGCAGUGGAGCAUCAUCUAGGACUCCUAACUCAGGUUCUUCAAAAAGAGGAUCAGAGAAGAGGAGGACUUCCACCACCAUGUAUGUUUCAAGGGACAACUCAAAAGCCGUGAGUGGCAAAGACAAAUCUACGUAUAUUCUGGUUAAACGAGAUGAUCAGCAGCUUUCUGAUAAGUCUGUUAUUUUAACUUCUGCAUCUGGAACUGCUGCAUUGGAAGAGGAAACUGGAGGUUCCGGAUUCACUGAUGUUGGGAAGAAGAAAAUGUUGCUCUUGAAGGGAAAAGAGAGAGAAAGUCCCACUAACCAGAGGCAUGAAGCUAGUGGAAGAGUUAUCAGGAGCAUUCUCCUUAACAAGGAUAGUCGUCAAGAUCGAUCACCAUCUGGUGCUCAGUCUGAACGAGAAAUCCAGACCUCUAACCAGGACAGGGACAAAAAACCUCCCCGGCCUCAAAUUGUGCGGUUGUUUCAGAAGGACAUUAAUGGGGCUCCUGACCAUAAGGCUGAUGGCAAUGCUAUACAUGCUGUCCACACUGAGAAGCGUGAAAGACGGACAAGGAAUAAAGAUAGGCCUGAUCGUGGAGUUUGGACUCCUCUUCAGCGUUCAGAUGGCUCACAUGCAAGUGAUGAGUCUUUAUCGUCGUAUACUUCCCAAAGCAUUCCAGGAGGGGAUUCUGCAGAAGGAACUCAUGGGGAAGUGAAAAUUGACAUGCCGAGUGUGCAUGGUACAGAGUUCAGAUCCACUGGAAGUGGACGUGGAAGUCAUCACUCAGUUGAUAAUGGUUCUUUUAGGCAUGGUGGUCGUCGUGGAUCAGCAUACAAUAUCAAGGAUGCAGAUGGCCCUUCAGUUGUAGAGAGCAAAACCUUAAAACGUGGAGGUUCUGCUGGCUACAGUUCAAAUGAGAAACAAGUGUGGAUCCAGAAGUCUAGUUCUGGUUCAUAGAUUUGUUGUAUAUGUGAAAAUGCUUGUUGAGUUACUUAUAUCAAAGCGAGCACACAUCUGAUUUUGGCUCAGAUUCUAUCUUGUUGGACAAAUCUGGCGUAAGAAAUGCUGGAGUAGACGAAAAUGCUUGGACACGAGGGUUAUACCUGAAUGCUACAGAUACUGAUGUAUCUUUACUACUCAGUGGGCUAAAGAAAUCCUGAUCCUUUUAGUCAAAACUGGUUUAAGGAUAGAAGUGAAGUUAUAUAGUGCAUACAGAAAUAUAACACCAGAUUGGCCGAGCUAUGGAUCUCACCGUGAAUGCGAUUGACUUGAUUGGUAUGGAGAUGAUUUUAACUUGGUAGAUUGAUGAUUUCCUGUUGCUGAACUGUAAAUACAUAUCUGGAAUGGUGUGUACUGUUGGUCGCUAUAUAUAUAAAUAGUAUACGGACAUACACAGAUGAUAUGUUUUGUUGAGCAGUCUGGCUACGGUGAAUAUACAUUAAUUGCCCUGGCGUAGCUCCAGGUUUAACUUUAAUCAGGUUUGUGAAAGGAGAAAGGUUGAAGCUGCUGACAGAUUGUGUGCAUUUGUUUUUCUUAGCUACGAGUAUGCUACUAGUGCAGUGUGUAUCUUAUCUUGAGCAUUAAGGAAAUUGAAUUAGUGUUGACGUUUGUUUUUGAGUAUUGUUUUGGCAUACAUGCAUGCUAUGUGGUGGAUGUAUAACAAGAUUUGGAAUGCAUAAUCUGCUUAUAAUUUGCUGCU